CGUGUAAUGGCGGAGCGCGGCGGGGACGGGGGGGACGGCGAGCGCUUCAACCCCGGCGAGCUCAGAAUGGCUCAGCAGCAGACCCUGCGGUUCCGGGGUCCAGCUCCCCCGCCCAACGCGGUUAUGCGAGGCCCACCGCCCCUCAUGCGUCCACCUCCACCCUUUGGCAUGAUGAGAGGUCCCCCUCCGCCACCUCGGCCCCCCUUUGGACGCCCACCUUUCGACCCUAAUAUGCCGCCAAUGCCUCCUCCCGGAGGGAUUCCUCCACCCAUGGGCCCUCCCCACCUGCAGAGACCCCCAUUUAUGCCUCCGCCCAUGGGAACCAUGCCACCACCUCCUGGUAUGAUGUUUCCACCCGGUCUGCCUCCAGUUAGUGCUCCUGGAACACCAACAUUACCUCCCACUGAAGAAAUAUGGGUGGAAAACAAAACUCCAGACGGCAAGGUUUAUUACUAUAAUGCUCGAACUCGAGAGUCUGCCUGGACCAAACCAGAUGGAGUGAAAGUUAUUCAGCAAUCUGAACUGACUCCAAUGUUAGCUGCCCAGGCACAAGCUCAGGCCCAGGCCCAAGCCCAGGCCCAAGCUCAGGCCCAGGCUGUUGGCCCUUCCACGCCUACAACCAGUAGCCCUGCAUCAGCAAUAUCUACUUCAACGUCGUCAACUACUCAAUCCUCUACCACUUCUACUACAACAACGGCAACGUCCGUGUCCCAGACAGUCUCCACCCCCACAACGCAAGACCAGACCCCAAGCUCUGCCGUUUCAGUUGCCACACCUUCAGUUAGCGUUUCAACUGCCGCUCCUACGGCCACACCUGUGCAGACUGUCCCCCAGCCACACCCCCAGACGCUGCCAGCCGCCGUUCCUCAUUCAGUUCCUCAGCCAACAGCUGCAAUACCUGCUUUCCCACCAGUAAUGGUACCUCCGUUUCGUGUCCCCCUUCCUGGCAUGCCUAUACCACUUCCAGGUGUAGCAAUGAUGCAAAUAGUCAGCUGCCCGUAUGUAAAGACAGUCGCUACCACCAAGACCGGUGUCUUACCAGGGAUGGCUCCUCCUAUCGUACCCAUGAUACACCCCCAGGUGGCUAUUGCCGCUUCCCCUGCUACCUUGGCAGGAGCAACGACAGUCUCUGAAUGGACAGAAUAUAAAACCGCAGAUGGGAAGACUUAUUAUUAUAACAAUCGAACAUUAGAAUCCACCUGGGAAAAACCUCAAGAACUAAAGGAAAAAGAAAAGUUAGAAGAGAAGAUUAAGGAGCCAAUCAAAGAACCGCCUGAGGAACCUUUACCAAUGGAGACAGAGGAAGAGGAGCCCAAAGAAGAACCCAUAAAAGAGAUAAAGGAGGAACCCAAAGAAGAAGAAAUGACAGAAGAGGAGAAGGCUGCCCAAAAAGCCAAGCCAGUGGCUACUGCCCCCAUUCCAGGCACUCCAUGGUGUGUGGUGUGGACUGGGGAUGAACGGGUUUUCUUUUAUAACCCUACCACUCGCUUGUCAAUGUGGGACAAACCAGAUGAUUUAAUUGGAAGAGCUGAUGUUGACAAAAUUAUUCAGGAACCUCCUCACAAAAAAGGAAUGGAUGAAGGGAAGAAAAUGAGUGAGUGCAAAGUCAGAAGAUUUUAUUCAUCCCUAAUGUGCUGUGACCGUUUUCCAUGGCACCAGACUCCGACGAUGCUGUCCCUCCAAAAGUGGCAAUUCUCUAUGAAUGCAACAAGAAGUUUAAUAAAACCUUAUCUUACAGUAAAAGAAGAGCAAGAAUCAACAGAAGAGACAAAUGAAGAUGAGCCUAUUAAAGCAAAAAAGCGAAAGAAAGAUGAUAAAGACAUGGAUUCAGAGAAAGAGGCUGCCAUGGAAGCUGAAAUUAAAGCUGCUCGAGAAAGAGCCAUUGUCCCUCUGGAGGCCCGAAUGAAGCAGUUCAAGGACAUGCUGCUAGAGAGAGGGGUUUCUGCCUUUUCAACAUGGGAGAAAGAACUCCACAAGAUAGUUUUCGAUCCUCGAUAUUUACUUCUCAAUCCUAAAGAAAGGAAACAGGUUUUUGAUCAGUAUGUGAAGACCAGGGCAGAGGAGGAACGCAAGGAAAAGAAAAACAAAAUAAUGCAGGCCAAGGAAGAUUUCAAGAAAAUGAUGGAGGAAGCAAAGUUUAAUCCAAGAGCUACUUUUAGUGAAUUUGCAGCCAAACAUGCUAAAGACUCGAGAUUCAAAGCAAUUGAAAAGAUGAAAGAUCGCGAAGCCUUGUUUAAUGAGUUUGUCACAGCUGCCAGAAAGAAAGAGAAAGAAGACUCGAAGACCAGAGGUGAGAAGAUCAAAUCGGACUUCUUUGAACUACUGUCUAAUCAUCAUUUGGAUAGUCAGUCUCGCUGGAGCAAAGUAAAGGACAAAGUUGAAAGUGACCCUCGUUACAAAGCCGUGGACAGUUCAUCAAUGAGGGAGGACCUUUUUAAACAAUAUGUUGAGAAGAUAGUCAAGAAUUUAGACUCUGAGAAAGAAAAGGAGCUGGAAAGGCAAGCUCGCAUCGAGGCAAGCCUACGAGAACGAGAAAGGGAGGUGCAGAAAGCUCGGUCUGAGCAAACGAAAGAAAUCGACAGAGAAAGAGAGCAGCACAAACGUGAAGAAGCCAUCCAGAAUUUCAAGGCUCUCCUGUCUGAUAUGGUCCGUUCUUCAGAUGUUUCCUGGUCCGAUACGCGGAGGACGCUCCGAAAAGAUCAUCGAUGGGAAUCCGGCUCCCUGCUUGAGAGGGAGGAGAAAGAGAAGCUUUUUAACGAACACAUCGAAGCACUUACCAAAAAGAAGAGGGAGCACUUUAGGCAACUUCUGGAUGAAACUUCAGCGAUUACCCUAACGUCGACAUGGAAAGAAGUCAAAAAAAUAAUCAAGGAAGACCCUCGAUGCAUCAAGUUCUCCUCCAGCGAUAGGAAAAAGCAAAGGGAAUUCGAAGAAUACAUAAGAGACAAGUACAUCACUGCCAAAGCUGACUUCAGAACGCUUUUGAAAGAGACCAAAUUUAUAACAUACAGAUCCAAAAAGCUAAUCCAGGAAUCGGAUCAGCACCUGAAGGACGUGGAGAAGAUCCUGCAGAACGACAAGCGGUACCUGGUACUGGACUGUGUGCCGGAAGAGAGGCGCAAACUCAUCGUGGCCUAUGUGGACGACCUUGACCGCAGAGGGCCGCCGCCCCCGCCCACGGCUUCGGAGCCCACGAGACGCUCCACAAAGUAGCUCCCCGGGGCUCUCUGCCCCAGGGUGGCGAAAAACCCAGCGUGCUUGCAUGAGCCAUCGGUCAGGUUUCUCCAGACACGUCCGCGGUAGCCAACCGACGGCGAAACCAGCCGAGGAGCAGAGGCCGGAGCGGGCGUCGUCGCGAACAACAGCCGCCGAGUAAAGAACACUUCGGAAAUACUUAGGCUUUUCUUUGUGUGGCAUGACUGACAUACGUACUCAACCACCUAGACCGUCUCUAGCACAUCUAGUGUUUCAGAACUAAAGACCAUCUUUCUAUGAAAUGUGGAGGUCAGAGAUUAUUAUUAUUUUUUUUUCCACGUUUAAUUCUUCUCGUGGGGGGGGGGUAACGUUCUUCCUAGCAGUGUUACAGACGCGGGACUUGGGAAUGGGCUGGUGAUUGAAAUUAACAAAUGGCUCAAUCAUUCGGAAACAAACCUACUUACUCCCUUUUAAAAAAAACAAUAAUAAUCGGGUUAAGAGAAAACAGUUAUAAGUGUCACCCGCGAGAAGCGGCGGUGAAUGUGUUCGUCCUACAUCCCCAGAGUCUGACUUAGGUGAAUUGGGAAUCGGUUCACAGCGGUGUUUGAUUAUCCCUUCUGAUUUUUAGGCCCCAUCUCGUUGCUUUGCCCAAGUGGAGGUUUGUCUGGUCAGUCUUCUCAGAGUUGGACUUGCAGUCACUUAACUAUGCUUACCGGAAGAGGAUGGUUGUAUAAACACAUUUUUAUUUACCAUAAAGUGAUCUCUUAUCUAUUUCUGGAUUAGACGGCAAAUCACCCUCCAGGGUUACCCUUGUAAACUAUACUCCUGUUUGAAUGUUAAACUUGUGCUUCUAAGUUUAAUCUUGACAUGUUGGAAUUGUUCAGUUUCCGUAUUUGAACUACAAUAAACCGACCCUUUUUAUAUGUGGAUUGUACAUGCUUAAUGUUAAAUACCAUGUAAAAAUUGUUUUAAAACUCGUAGAAAAUGAAACCUUGCACAAACGAA